AUGCGCAAUGGAGGUGUUACCGCUUUAAACGAUCUCCUCCAGCAACUCUUUAACUUUUUAAUAACUACGGACACUCUAUACAAAUGCAGUAUCAAGAAUGAGAAUGGAUGCUUCUUAUCUUUAUUCCAAAGCAUCGUUUAUUACGCAUCUGAAAAUGGUAUUCCCGAAUUGAACGUACCACUCCUAAAUCCAUUGACACUGAACGAUACCUCAGUAGAUAUUCUCGACACAUUCACUGCUUCUGUUAACGGUGGCAAAAUUGAUGGUGUCAAGGACUGCGUUUAUAGCCAAUUUCUAUUUGAUUUAGAAAAUCGUAUUACAACACAGGAAAUCACUUGUGACUUAACAAUUGAAGGAGCUGUCAAAUUAACAGGUGAAAGUCCAGCGGCACAGUCUGUGCUCGGAGUCUCAUCUAUGAAUGCUGAUGGAAAUGGAAAACUGAAACUUGAUAGAUUGACUUUAAGAUUUGAAGGCCCAUUUCAAGUAUUGAAGUACAACGAUGGUGAAAUUUACUUGGUUCUGGACGACAAGAACGUGAAAUUCCAAUACAAUUUGCCAAAUGCAUUCUUUUCAUCUGAUAGGCUCAUUAUUGGAAACACAGACUACAGUAAAGAAGCAGUUGAUUAUUUAAAUAAGCACUAUAGGGAACUCAUGAAGGACAUCGGCGAUUUAUUCGUGGGCACAGGUAAGGUUAUCUACUUAAACGUGGCAAAUCAGUUCUUCCGGUCUCUACCCGCGAAAUACUACAUCAUUGAAAACUUGUCUCCGUAUGUUCAAAAUUGA